AUAAUUUCUUUUUAGAAUAAACGUGUUUAAUUAUUAUUUAUUUUAUUUUGUAAGUUAUAGUGGUAUGAUGCCUCGAUUUGCUCAACCUUCUACUCUUUCAAUAAAUUCUUCUAGUUCACAGUCCAAAAUAACUGUUGAAGAACCAGUGUCAGAAUUGGACUCAGAAAUGGCUAAUAAGAUUAAUAUGAAAUGUAAAGACAUGCUUCUUGAAUAUGAGCAAAUGCAAAAUUUAGAUGAUAUAAUUUAUUCAUUAUCGGAAGAUGAAACUUCGGUGAUCCGCACAAAUCAUGAUGAGUUUGUGAAAUCAAUGUCACUUAUAACUUUAGAUAGUAAUCCAACUAACCGAACAACAGUGGUAGGAAAAAUUUUUGCAAAACUUUUAUCUAAAAGAAUACUUUCUAAGGAAGCCAUAACUCGAGGAAUCGAUGCUGUCCUUAAAGAUUGGAAUGAUUAUUUGAUGGAUUACCCUCAAUUUUUCUCUUAUAUUGCUGCAAUUAUUGCUCCAUUAUUACUAUUACAGACUGCUUUCUUUGAUUUCAACAAUUUAAAGGAUUGUUGUACAUCAAUACGACCAGACAAUUCUCCUAAAUUUUUCAUAGAAGUGUUAAAUACAAUUCUUAGUUCUGUGGUAACGCAGAACAUUAAUGAAGAACGAGGUGGUAUAUUAUGGAUUUACAAUAAGUGGCUGGCGUCAGAAUAUGUUCCACUUGGCAUAUUUAUGCCUGAUAACCAAAUCAAUAAAUAUUUUGAAAAUGAUCGAAUUGGAGCAUUCAUUUUAUCUAUAGCUAUGUAUGAUAAAUUGAAGAUGACUGAUAGUAGAGUAGUAUUCAAUAUAUUUCAUAGUUGGAUAAGUACUAAUAUCAGUGCAGAAAUAAUAAAAUACCCUCAGUUUGUGCGAGCAUUAACUAUAGCUAUUGUCAUUGAAAGUUUGAAUUCAAAACGUUCGUACGAGGAUUUCUUUAAUCAUGUUCAUAUGAAAUUGUUAACCUAUUAUAUUUGGUCUGAACCACUUCCAGAACCUGAAAUUCAGGCAAGAGAAGUGCAAUGUCUGUACGGUAUGCAAAUUAUAUCUGCUGCACUUAAAUAUCCUAGAGGAAUGGUAUUAAGACUGUUCCAUAAGAUCUAUCAGAAUAGUGUUUUAAGUAAAGAAUCUUUUGAAAUAUGGAAAAAAGAUGACAACUUCAAUGCUGGAUUUGUUGAAGACUUAGAAACAAAAACUAUGACUGUUUUAGUUUUAAAUCCAUUUUUCAUGUCACUUCAACCAAACGAUUCUGAUGAAGACAAAACAACUAAGUAGUAUACAGCACUAAUUUCUGGCUGCGUGUAUUCAAUAAUCAUCAGUUGGCACACAUUAUUUUAUAGUAGAUACUAGAUACCAUGUUAUAAACAGUUUAAAUAAAUUUAAAAAAAAAUUUUAAAUACUUAGCCAUUAUUCAUUUAUUUUUGUUGGAAUUAAAUUUUUUAUACAUUUAUAAAUAUUGGUAGACAGUGUUUUUUUUUUUUUUUGUUAGGAUGUCAGCGCACUAUCUGUCUUCUCCCUCUGGCCCAUGCGCAACAUAUUGACAAUACCCAUAUAUACAAAAAACAUUUUCUUAUGUUUUUAAGUAAUUUUAAUUAAAAUCACAAAACUAAUAUAGCAUGAUAUUUUUGAGGGUAUGACAUCAAUUUGUCUAAAUAUUGUCUAAAAUCAAUUUAAACACCAUUUAAAUUUACAAGUCAUCUCUUAAACAUAAAAAAAAAUGAUUUUGAGUAAAUGCUUUUUGUCUAUAUUUUGUU